AUGGAUUAAUAAAGAUAUUCGCUUGAACAAUAUUUUGAGGAGCUAAGUGACAAAUAAAACACAUUAUUGCCUCGUCCUGAUGCCUAUGGCACUUUGAAAUUGCAAGAAAAGAUAAAUAUAUUCACAGAAUUUGAGCCAGUUAAAGCUAUCGUUCUUGGUUGUAUGAGUGAUACUUCAAGGUUGCCCUCUAAUGAACCACUUUUAGUGGCUAAUAAAGAUUAAGAUUUGAAAGCAUGCCAAUAAUAUCCAGCUAAGAUAUGUGCAAGAGCUAGAGAGAUAGCAAAUGAAGUGGCCAGAAAACUGGUGGAAAGGGGUAUCGAAGUAAGGGCUUUGGGUUCUAAAUGGUAUAAGUCUUGGGUCGAAGGAUAUUCAAUUGAUAAGCCUCUUUGGGAUGCUGCAAAUUUAAUUCGAGUUGGUCUCGAUAUUAUUUUUCUAAUCUCCUUGGGUGGAACUGAAAGUGGCUAUUAAAAUUUCAAAAAUUUUAUGUUGCAAAGGUAUAAUGGAUUGGUAAGAGUUCACCCAACAAGAGUCUAUUAAGGCUUCCAUAUUGAUACUACUUUUACUACGAUUGGCUACAGCAAAAUUUUGAAGAAAUAUAUACUGCUUGCAAACUCUGAUAGAACCAAUCCUACUAACAUUCCAGCAAUAUUCAGAGGGAAAAACUGGGUGGUUUUGAAUUCGCCAGCUAUGAUAGAUAUGGGGUAUGAGCCUGGAUUUUAGAUUGCAACUCCUUCACUGGGAUAAAACAUACUAGUACUAAAUCCCAAUCUUGUUUUAAUUGACGAGUACUAAAAACCUCUUAUUGAGGUUCUACAGUUCUAUGGAAUUGAAUCGCUGACUGUUAAGCAUGAGAUAGGAAGAUCUGUUGCUGGUGGCUUUCAUUGUAUGGCUAAUGAUUAUUCGAGAGAGGAAACAAUUGAUUUUGAGAAAAUUCUAGGUACUCCUAUUGAUCAGCUCUCAGCUGAAGAAAAAGCUGGGUAUUUUGACCCAGUGCUCCUUAAUUUUCUUUAAAGUAAUGGUGAUAUUGAACAUUGGGAAGAAAUAGCCAACUAAAAUGCCAUUUUUCCCGAAUACUUGACUGAACAUCUCUCUUUUGAAGAAAAAGAAGUACUAGCAAGAGAUCAUAGAGAAUAGAUUGAAUCAGCCAAAAUUGGUGUAAAAUAAUUUAAUUGA